CACGGGCGGACUGCGCCUAGCGGUCCUCCGCCUUCCCGUCAUGCCUGCGUCUCCGGGCAGCUGGGGCCGGGAAUGAGAGCGGCGGCGGCGGCGGCGGCUGGAAGCCCGGCUCCACUCGUGGUGCUGAUGGCAGGUCGGCGUUAACGUCAAGCAGGCGCAGUUCGGACCGUUCAACGCUUCGCACGUCUUACUGUCCACUCCCCCUUUCCUCCUCCCUCUGCGAAAAGAGAAAAAAAAAAUCUGGAGUGGCGCGAUUUAUCGGCUGUCCAUGUCGAAAAGGCUGAGGAGCAACGACAUCUGCGCCGACUGCGGUGUCCCCGAUCCUCGCUGGGCAUCAAUAAACAGGGGUGUUCUGAUUUGUGAUGACUGCUGCAGUGUACACCGCAGUUUGGGUCGACAUAUCUCUCAGGUACGACACCUGACACAUACACCAUGGCCUCCAACUCUGCUGCAGAUGGUGCAAACCCUUGUUGGCAACGGUGCAAAUUCAAUCUGGGAACACUCCUUGCUGGAUCCUACAUCUACAGCAAGUGGAAAGCGCAAGGCCAGCCCUCAGGAUAAAGUACAUCCCAAUAAAGCAGACUUUAUCAGAGCCAAAUACUCAAUGCUAGCAUACGUCCAUCGUUUACCAUGUCGUGAGGAUGACAGUGCUGCAGCCAAAGACCUGAGCAAACAAUUGCACUCAAGCGUACGGACAGGGAAUUUGGAGACCUGCCUAAGAUUGCUCUCCUUAGGAGCACAAGCAAAUUUCUUUCAUCCUGAGAAAGGAAACACUCCUCUUCAUGUGGCAAGUAAAGGAGGUCAGAUUCUACAGGCUGAACUACUGGCAGUAUAUGGUGCUGAUCCUGGUGCUCCUGAUGCUAAUGGCAAAACUCCAAGUGACAAUGCAAGGCAAGCAGGACACCAUGAGCUAGCAGAUCGUUUGGUAGAAAUUCAGUAUGAACUCACUGAUAGACUUGCCUUCUUUCUCUGUGGAAGGAAACCAGAUCACAAGAAUGGACAGCACUUCAUAAUUCCACAGAUGGCUGAUAGCAGUUUAGAUUUGUCAGAAUUGGCAAAGGCAGCAAAGAAAAAGCUUCAGUCGUUAAGUAAUCACUUAUUUGAGGAGCUAGCUAUGGAUGUAUAUGACGAAGUAGAUCGAAGAGAAACUGAUGCAGUUUGGCUAACAACUCAAAAUCACAGCACGCUGGUCACAGAAACAACAGUCAUUCCCUUCCUUCCUGUUAAUCCAGAGUAUUCAGCAACGAGAAAUCAGGGGAGGCAGAAACUGGCACGGUUUAAUGCUCAUGAAUUUGCCACUCUCGUCAUUGAUAUCUUAAGUGAUGCCAAACGGAGACAACUUGGGAAUCCUGUCACUAGUCCCAAAGAUAAUGUGGAGCUUGUACUGAAGAGCAUUAAUGAUCAUGGCAGUGUGAGCCAUGACAAUGAUCAGCCUGACUAUGACAGUGUUGCUUCAGAUGAAGAUACAGACCACGAACCAGCCACUAAAGCAAACAGAGCAAAGAGCAUGGACUCUGAUCUGUCAGAUGGCCCAAUUACAUUGCAGGAAUACAUGGAGGUGAAAAACGCACUCAGUGCUUCCGAGGCAAAGGUGCAGCAGUUGAUGAAAGUGAACAGCAACCUGAGUGAUGAGCUGCGUCUGAUGCAGAAAAAACUCCAAACGCUGCAGAGUGAAAACACCACCCUCAAGCGGCAGGUCACUACGAAUAUCUAUCAAGUUCCCACCUGUUCAGAAUACCCAGGUCCCUCCAAUCCUUCAUCCUUAAAACGGCGCCCGUCUGCACGUGGCAGCCGGCCUAUGUCCAUGUACGAAACUGGCUCUGGUCAAAAAGCCUAUCUCCCAAUGGGGGACGUCACGUACCCAGAGGACAGUAUUUCAGGACUUCAGCCCUUUCCUCAACAUAUUGGGAGGAGUGCCUUUGUGACCUCCUCUUCAUCUUUACCCUCCUUCCCUUCCACGCUUUCAUGGUCUCGGGAUGAGAGCACCCGAAGGGCAUCAAAACUUGAGAAACAAAGCAGCAUGCCUGAUAGUGACUACGAUAAUGCAGCAAAUGACUUGGAACUGGAUGAUACAGGCUCUUGUCGAAAGGUUAAGCCAAAGGGCAAAGGGCGUCAUGGGGAGAACCCUAUUCUGGGAGUGGACGAUCCAGGUGCAGAUUCAGAAUCUACACUCCCUAGCACAGAGGACGUCAUUCGCAAAACAGAACAAAUCACAAAAAAUAUUCAGGAGCUGUUACGAGCUGCACAGGAAAACAAGCAUGACAGCUUUAUGCCCUGCUCAGAGAGGAUACAUGUUGCUGUAGCGGAGAUGGCAGCUCUUUUUCCAAAGAAACCUCGCUCAGACCUGGUUCGGGCCUCUCUGAGUCUAUUAACUUCAAGUGCAUACAGACUUCAGUCAGAAUGCAAGAAAGCACUACCUACAGAACCCAGUCCCACAACUGACAUUCAGCUUGUGACACAGCAAGUGAUCCAGUGUGCAUACGACAUUGCCAAAGCCGCCAAGCAACUCGUUACCAUAAUGACAAAAGAAAGCAACUAAUUACAAUUUUCCCCAUUUUUAUUUGCAAAUUUUUAUAUAAAAAUAACUAUUUUGAAUAUGCACCAGAUUUGGUCUGGGCUCUGUCAGUAUUAUGUUUGCAUGCUUUUUAAUAUAAUUUACAUUUUUUGGAUAUUAAUGUUUUUUUUCUGCUUAUGUUUGUGGCCAAUAGGCUAACCUUUUGGUGCAUAUUUCUGUUGUCACUUUCCACUGGUUAGACUUUGCCUUCAGGGAGCUAAAUCAGGCAGAUAACAGUUGCUAAUUGGAAUUGUGCAUCUUAUUGUUUGAAGUGUAUUAACCACAGAAAUGUAUGACAGUUUAAAAUCUCUUUCUUUCAAGGUUAUAAAGCUCUACAAUAUUUCCAUAUUAUGCCUUGCUAGGGGAAAUAUUGUUUGAAGUUGCUCCAUUGGGGUGAUUAAAACUACAUUAUAUUCACUAUUACUAUAAAUAAGAUUUAAAUUAUUGGUCAAUGACAGUCAGGAUAUGAAAUACAGAGGGCAAUAGAAUGGGAAUGGGUGUGGUAUAGGAGCAAAGCACAAGAGAAGAGUGAUAUUGAAGGUGGAUUAAAGCAAGUAUCUAGAUUGUAUAAAGGCAAAGAGCAGUUUGCCACUAUGAAGUGCUGAGUUGGUAAAAAUGGUGUUAAUCAGCUAUUGUAGCUGAAACUAAAUAAUAAUGGGGUGUUGCUAAUCCAGUGGCUAAAUUUCAGCUGGAAGUAUUGUCCCAAAUGGGGGAAAGCAGAGGUAUGGGUCUAAUUGAGUAGCUCAGCACAGAUACAGAAGGCCAGGUAGUCUGUUUCUGUGCUCUAUCAUAUAUUUAUGAAAUAUUUACAAAAGUUGCUAUUUUUAGCAAGGAUUGGGACUACAUUCAAUGCAAACGAAUUUGGUUGUCUAUGUUCAUUUGACCAUAGAUAUUGGGUAAGUUGCAACAACAACAAGUUUUUUUUAGCCAUUUCAGUGUUUUAAACAAUGUACCGUGUCUUCAACGUAGCUUGUCGGUUCUAUUGAAUAUGAGUGGUGUUAAUCAUGCUUCCUUAUCCAAUGUCAUGCACAAAUUUUAAACCAGGACUAUAUUACUUGUCAAAAGUUAGAUUGGUCAAGGCAUUGUUGAACAAAAAGCCAUACUGAUUAUUGCUUUGUGCACAUUGUACCUCAUGGUAUCACAGCUUGUGACCUACAUGCUUGACAGCACAGAAUCAAUGCAAUACACUGCCUGGAACAAGCAGCCCUUAAGAUUGAUUAGGUUUUUUUGUGGAUGAUAAUUUACAACUGUGUUAAUACUGUUGUGUAUGUGCAGAAGUUAUUUAUUGUUCAGAAUUACAUAUUUUUUGAUCAGUUAAUUGUUAAAACCAUCUAAUUUUAGUUGGCCAGCUUUUAAAAAUGACUAAAUUUGUAUGGAUCAGUGCAUGGUAGUCAAACAUGCAAUUUUAUGUGCUUUGUACAGGCAACCCCUAUUAUGGCCAUUCAAUAAAUAGAAAUUCACUCUUGGAGAAUUCCCAAAUCACUAUCCAGUAAUUUGAGAUGUAGAAUACAAUACACUGGGAUGGAAUUUGUGAGGGCAAGACAAAUAUAAAAUGCCAAAGCAGUUAAGUAAAGCCAGAUGCAUUGCUGAUAAAAAUGUUAGAGGGAAGUAAUACUGUAGGAACACACUUCCACUUAUAAUGUGGGAUUCAGUGGGGAGGGGGGGGGUUUGUGUUACAGAAAAUAGCAGUAAGGAACACAACCCCACUAUGUCAGGGUGGGGGUCGCCUGUGUUGAAUUCCUAAAAGAUAUUAUUUUUGUCGAUCUCUGUGUCAUCAGUCAGACACAUCAUUUUCAGUCCUGGCACAGGGACUUUUAGAUUAGAACCCACCAAAACAAAAAUAGCACAAUUUUCUUUGGAGUGGUGACAUCUGUGACUUCAAAUUCUCCUUGUUGGCAAGUGAGUUAACAGAUGGAGUACUGCAGAAGUCGCCAGAUUUAUAUGCAAGUUAUUAUAAAAAGUAUAACUGGUUGGUCAACUUUGUAUUGAUGAAUGAAUCUGCACAUUGGCUAAUCAGUGUAAAGUACAGUAUGGAUUUGAACUGGCAGGACCAGUCCAUAAGUGCACUUCCUGCCAGCAGCUCAAGUCACUGGCAGCAGCAUUCAGGGAAACAGGUAACCCUGAUUGGUCUCCUGUGUAAAGGAGAAACAGUUAAUGGAGGAGCGAAUAAUCAAGAUCAUAUCCUUUGUCUCCUUAGCAAGGUGAUGCCUCAGUUUGUUUGUGGACUUCAGUUUUGUCCAAAGCAAGAGAUGGAGCCUUGCUUCUUGCACAAGGUUCUGUGGAUACUUUAGCACGAGACAUUGGGAAGAGGAGAACAGCAGGUUGUACUCAGGAUCUUUUAUUUUGAGCAUGGAAACUGAUUAUUUUCAGGCAAGAGUGGGUUUUAUGGUAUAGUAUUGUGGUAUGAAUUAGAAACUAAACAUUGAUAUUGAUUACAAGAGGCACUGCUAGCCUACAAUAUAAAUCUAGUCACUAGCCAACUGCCCAUAGAUGUUGGGUGGAACUUGACAAGUUACUUGUACAUGACAGGAUUAACAAAUACAUAUUUGUUCUUAAAAACUGUGAUGUAAUAUAUUACAAUUGGCUAAGGUUUGAAAGUCUCCUAAUGCAACUAUGGGAUGAAGGGUUUCUUGUUAUAAUAACAAACCCCAAUUCCUCGAUGUUCCAUCCUGCUCCGUGAUUCAAGUUUCAUAUCCUGCCAGUAUGUUUUUGUGACCUGAACCUGGGGCAGCAUUUUUACAGAAACUAAUGGUUGUCAGGCAAACAAGCUCUAUCUAAUUUCUUCUAAUUGAUUCCCACAAACUAGAAAUUCUGAUACACCACCCUAUCUGCUUUCUUAAAAUUAGUAGAUCAUAGAAAAUGGGAUCUGAAUUUCCAGUUUGGGGAUCAUGAAGCUAUCCUUCAUAAUUCUAGUUUUUUUAAGUCCAUUACUAGCACUUUCAGGCAAAUGUGGGUGUUCUUUUAUGAACCUCCUUAUCUUGUCCAAUUUAUUUAAAUUAUUUUGAGGCCUUGUUUGAAACCAAGGAGUAGUAAAAUUGCAGAACAAAACAAGUUUUAAAUAACUUUAUCUUUUGCUUUUGUCUUCUGGAUAUUUUGACCCCAUCUCUUAAGUGAACCCACUCCACUUCUGUUUCUAUUCAAGGAAAUUUCACCUUUGAAGUCCACCAAAGGCUUGUUUCACUUUUUCCUUCCAGAAUGAAUGAAUCCUGAUGUAACCUUUGUGGAUGUCACGUGGCUCUUCCUAUCUACUAUUUGUAUGUCUCUUUCAACUGUUACUGGUUAUAUUGAAACCAGCCAAGCAUGUACAGUUUGUAAUGAUGUGUUUAGUGUGAUUUAUUAAAUACAUUACAUGUA